AUGGAGACUACCGGGGCCCGUGGAGCCCCGUGCUCUGCGGGCUCGCGCCACCGCCCCGGGCGCGCUGAGUUCUUCCUGCGCGAGCGAGGGCGCGGGGCUCCCCAGGCCGCGGGCGCCCCCAAUCCGGUCAAGGUGAGGGCCAGCGGAAGCAGGGGCAUUGCCCUACAGGACCAGUCAGCAGACGGGGCCCCAGCACCACCGGCCGGAGAGAACCCGGAGGACUGCGAGUCCUGGGUUCGGGAGAAAGUGCUCUUCCUUCUACAUCCGGAGAGGUGGCUGGGGACGCCUGCGGACCUUGUGCGAGAAGAGGUGGCUGGUGGGGACGACCUGCCCCCGGAGGACGGAGACGACGCGGGGCUCAACUGCUCCAGAAAACGGCGGGUUUCUAGCAACUACUUAGACCCUCGUUCCGGAGCUCGGCGGGGGGACCCCACAACCCCACCGGGGUCUGUGCUCGUGCGGGUCGUGGACUAUCAGGUGACAGAGGAAGUGCAGCAGACCGAGUGGACCAAGGGCUGCAUGACCACGAGGACCGAGGAGCGCUCCAUGACCGCCGUCACUUUUCGCACCAACAGGAUGUAA